AUGGAGCCGGUGGAGCCGGGCCGGGGCCUGGUGGCCCAACUGGAGCGGCUGGCCACCUGCCCGCUGUGCGGCGAGGCCUUCCGGGACCCGGUGCUGCUGGCCUGCGACUACAGCUUCUGCCGCCGCUGCGUCGGACGCUGGUGGGACGGCCAGGCCAGGGCCGGCGCGGGGCCCAGCUGCCCCGGCUGCGGCCACCCCUGCCCCCGCCGCGCCCUCCGCACCAACGUGCGGCUGGCCGUGGACGUGCGCAUCAGCCGCCGCCUGCGGCACCGGCUCGGGGACCCGGGGGCCCGGGACGGCCGAGGCCCCACCCCCCCCCCCGCCGCCGCCCGCCGCGGGGGCCGCAUCCCCACCGGCCGCCCGCACGACCCCCAGGCGCAGGAUGUUCUGAAGACCUGGAGAAGGUUCAAGAUAGCCAAGCUCAAACCCAUGGAAUCGGAUGAAGAGGCGUCCAAGGACUAUCCCUGUGGCCAAGAACAUAAGAACAUGCUUCACAGGUUGUCAGGUGACCUGACUCUGGACCCCAGCACAGCCCACCAUUGUCUGCUCCUCAUAGAUCACUGCAGUUUGCAUCUUCGGGACCCCAGUGUCCUGGCCCUAGUGGACAGCCCCCGGCAUUUCAACCAGUUGGUGGGUGUGUUGGCAGCACAGGGCUUCGAGGGUGGGCAGCACUGCUAGGAGGUGGAGACUGUGGCUGGGCCAGGCGAGGGCAAAGACAAGGGUGAAGGCAAGGGUGAAGACGAGGGCAGGCGCUACGCCCUGGGGGUAGUGGAUGAGUCAGUGCAGAGUAAGGACCAGGUCAGUCUGUGCCUGGCCAGCGAGAUGUUGGCAGUGGACUGGAGAAGGGGGCAGCUUUGGGCCCUGAUGGCCCCCAAGGCCACGCCACUGCAGGGGUGGCUGCGCCAGAUCCAAGUGGACAUAGAUUGAGAGCGCGGCCAUGUGGCCUUCUAUGACAGUCUCUCACUCAGUCUGCUUGUCUUCCAGAGGCCCAGCUCCUUCGGUGAGAGGGUCUUUCCCUUCUUCUGCACACUCGACCCCCACACCCUGCUCCAUCUGGUGCCCAUCAAGGGCUGA